GGUGUUUCAAUCGCUUCAGCUCCUGAAGAACGACGCUGCGACAUCAGAAACUACAUGAAACAGGUUUGCAUCCCCUCACAAACUGUAAUUAGAAGUCCGACUGCCGGUAUGCGCUUCUCAGGAACGAGCGGAACGACAUGUGUCCCACCAGAGAGGGCUGAAUCCUGGUGAGGCGACAUUUCUCCAGAUCAGAUUUGGGCUUUAUUGGCAGAAGAACAGUCUCAGCCCGGUUGCUGUUUGAUGGCUGCGGCGCGCGGGAGGACUAAGCGCGAGGACACGGUCGCGCGGCUGAGGAUGAGCGCGAGCUUCUGGGCUGCGCUGCUGCUCGUGAGCCUAGUGAUAGCCUACUGCGGUCAGCUGGCGGCCGGGACGUGUGAGAUUGUGACGUUGGACAGAGACAGCAGUCAGCCGCGGAGGACCAUUGCUCGGCAAACUGCCCGCUGCGCCUGCAAGAAAGGACAAAUCGCCGGCACAACCAGAUCCAGGCCUGCCUGUGUGGAUGCUCGUAUUGUGAGGACUAAGCAGUGGUGUGAGAUGGUGCCAUGUCUGGACGAUGAAGGCUGUGACCUUUUGGUAAAUAGAUCAGGCUGGACUUGCACACAGCCCGGAGGCCGGAUCAAAACUACUACGGUCUCCUAACAGCGGUCGAAUCUUCAGAGGUGUGGAGAGUGUAACGUGGACUAUAUAAAAGUCAGAUCUCUGCUCCCACCCACCUGCUGUAGAUAACUCGCUGUCUGUCAUCGGCUCGACGUCCACCUCCGACUGCCUGUCUGUAGCUCCGCUUUGUAAAUGGGCAGUGUCCCCUAGUGCCACGGAGGACUUACAUCCCCACAGCACCCUGCACAGCCUACUGGAAAAAAAAGAAAUGAAUAAAGAAGUGUAAGAGGUUCUGCAGUAUUUAAGCUUCACUGCAGUGUGAUUGAUACACGAUUUUUUCAGAGGACUUUUCAGAGGUGCUUUAGGUCUGGAUUUUGGGUUUGGGCCUGCACAUUGCUCGUGAAUAGGCCUUCUGCUGGAGUCCGCCUUUGGCACUCAAACUAUUUUUACAGACCAAAGAGGAAAAGGAUUGAACAAACUACCAACUCAGCAAUUGACGCCAAGAGGAUGAGCUAAGCAAGAAAUCUCACUGUUUUGAAACACUAGCAGUGUUUUGAGUAAAUGGACUGACAGGACAGAUUAAAAUGAACAGAA